AUGGCCGACUCAUCCAGGAAGGUUGAUGAGAGUUACAGUAACAAGGAGCCUUCCGCACAAACUGUUGCAAGAGAUGGGGAGGCGCCCGUAUCUGUCCUCGAAGAUGGGUCGCUGGAUCCGGUGUACGAAGCCAAGGUCAAGAUGCUGAACAAAGCAAUCCAGGACAUUGGCAUGGGAAGGUAUCAGUGGCAGCUCUUCAUCGUCAUCGGCUUCGGAUGGGCCAUGGACAAUCUCUGGCCCAUCGUAACAUCGCUGAUCUUCACACCUGUGAGCAACGAGUUCAGCCCUACCAGACCACCGCUCCUGUCUCUGUCUCAAAACAUUGGACUUCUCUUCGGCGCAGUGUUUUGGGGUUUCGGUUGUGACCUCUUCGGCAGGAGAUGGGCCUUCAAUCUCACCAUCGGUAUCACGGCUGUAUUCGGUAUGAUAGCGGCGAGUAGUCCAAACUUUGCUGCCAUUGGCACUUUCGCUGCUUUGUGGUCUGUUGGCGUGGGUGGAAACCUGCCUGUAGACUCUGCCAUCUUCCUCGAGUUUCUCCCUGGAUCACACCAGUAUUUGUUGACAGUCCUGUCGAUAAACUGGGCGCUCGCACAAGUCUUUGCUACUCUUGUAGCAUGGCCGUUGCUUGGAAAUCUUACAUGUCAACAGACGGAUACAAACUGCACAAGAAGAGAGAAUAUGGGAUGGCGAUACUUUAUGAUUGUAAUGGGAGGUGUUGCUCUUAUGAUGUUCAUCGGACGCUUUGUCUUCUUCACAAUCUUCGAGUCGCCCAAGUUCCUCAUGGGCAAAGGAAACGAUUCAGAAGCCGUCCGUAUUGUUCAUGAGGUUGCCCGCCGCAACGGCAAAGCAUCGUCUCUGACUCUCGAGGAACUCAUGACUUGCAACAACUAUGCGCUACCUGGUACCGCUCAGCAAACCAGCACUGCCACCGCAGUGGUCAAGCGCAACCUUCAGAAGUUGGACAGCUCGCACGUCAAGGCUCUUUUCGCCACGAAGAAACUAGCUUUUUCAACUAGCACAAUCACCUUGGUCUGGGCAUUUAUCGGACUCGGUUACCCGCUAUACAACGCAUACCUGCCCUAUAUUCAAGCCACCCGUGGCGUCGAUUUCGGCGAUGGCUCAACCUACAUAACCUAUCGCAACAGUCUCAUCAUCGCCGUUCUGGGCGUACCAGGCUGUGUCCUUGGUGGUCUGCUCGUUGAGACGCCUUAUAUAGGUCGCAAAGGCACACUGUCCUUGUCCACAGUGCUUACUGGUGUAUUCCUGUUAUGCUCUACAAGGGCACUCAAUUCUAACAGCCUCCUUGGAUGGAACUGUGCCUACAACUUCAUGAGCAAUAUCAUGUACGCAGUCUUGUACGCAUACACCCCUGAAAUCUUCCCAACAAAGGAUCGCGGUACUGGAAAUGCCAUCACAGCGAGCGCGAACAGAGUUUUUGGUAUCAUGGCCCCCAUUGUUGCUAUGUUUGCGGACUUGGAGACUAGCGUGCCCGUUUACCUCACAGCUCUAAACAUCCAAUCAACAGUCAAGAUGAGCCAAUCACAAGAAAUGGUUGUUAUACUCACGGGUGCAUCGAGAGGAAUCGGUCAGGCAGUCGCCCACCAUCUGCUCUCCCGCAACCACAAGCUGGUGCUCGUAUCACGAACCCAGUCGGCUCUCGAAGCACUGCAAUCUGAAUAUGGUUCUGAAAAAGUUGCCGUGCUCGCUGGAGACAUGUCCGACGUUUCGUUGCCUGAGAAAGCUGUAGCUUUGGCAAACGAGAAAUGGGGACGUCUCGACUCGUUGAUCAUCAACCAUGGGUCUUUGGAUCCAGUGAAGAAGGUGGCUGAUACUAGUCCUGAGGAAUGGAGGAAGGGAUUCGAUGUUAAUGUCUUCAGUGCUGUUGGUUUGAUCCAAGCUGCUCUCCCUUCUCUGCGCAAGACCCAGGGCCGUAUCCUCCUAACCUCCAGCGGCGCCGCAACCUCCGCUUACCAAGGCUGGGGCUGCUAUGGCGCCGGAAAAGCGGUACUUAACCACCUAGCCCUUACCCUCUCAGUCGAAGAACCUUCUGUUACAACAAUCUCUAUCAGACCAGGCGUCGUAGACACGGAGAUGCAACGUGAGAUCCGAGAAGUGCAUCACGAGCGAAUGAGCGGAAAGGAUAGAGAGAAGUUUAGCGGACUGAAGAGCGACGGAGGGCUUUUGAAGCCAGAACAACCGGGUUAUGUCAUUGCGAGACUGGCUGUUGGAGGUGACGAAGUCAAGAGCUUCAACGGCAAAUUCCUAAGCUGGAACGACGAAAGCUUGGGCAAAUUUCAAGAGGAUUGA